AUGUCUGACGCUCCAGAGCCGCCCAGGCGUCCUACCAGCGCUCACGCCGCCCAUCUACAAUACCCGACCCUCCCGCCGCUAACUGCCUCCGUGGAAGAGUGGCUAUCUCGGUCUCGUCCUGCCAACAAUAUGGCCUCUGAUAGCUCACUGGAGCCUCUGCCUAGAUCCCUGGAGGAUAGCUGGGCAACGCUCAGCGUCUCAGAUCUACACUCGGAGGAUGGCAGUCGUUCGGAGCAGACAGAUAUGGGGUCCUUGAUUGAUCAAGCUACCCCGGAUGAUGUAGCUAGCCUGGAUGAACGGUACAGCAGCAGCGAAGUCGGCGAGCCGAGUGACGAAGAUACUCCAGACGAGGAUGGCGACAGCAAUCAAGACCAAGAUGAUAUUUAUGACCCCAUCCCUCCACAGUUUCCGGGCUUGUUCACCCCCGCAGCCAUCGAUGAUAGCAACUUGACGACUAUACCCGCGCAUCGACAGUCGAUCAGCUCGAUCGAGUUUGUGGAACCUGACAAAUGGCCUGAGAUGGAGCGAGUCGAACUGAAACAUACUAUCCGCAUCUUUGAGGAGCCCGUGGCAUCGGAGAUGAAACGCCGUCUACCGUCCAGCCCUCCUGGGGCUAUCAUCACGGCAAUAGUCCAGCAGACCAUGUCAAAGCAGAACCUGGCCUUGGACAAGCCCUUCCGUGUUCUGUACAUCGGCCAGCCGGACUGUCGGAACAUUGUCUUGGAUAAGAUUGGCGAUGUCCUCGUCUCGAGCUCGUGCACAGGGUCACCGACUAGCUCGGCUGAAUCCUCUCGAUAUCACGUUGUACCAACAUCUUUUGGAGCCGGUGCUGUCCCCAAUUUUGCAGAACUCCUUCCGAUCCAUGUCCAACUCGUGGUGGAUGAGUGUGUGGAAGCCACAAAAGAGCUUCAUGUUAACCAACCUCGCACGCUGAACCUAUCGUUUAAGAACCGUCCCUCGUGUCGCUCAUGGUGGAAUGGAGAGGAUUACAUGGUGUCUUCUUCUACAGAAUGGACGUUACCGGAUGUUGCCAUUCUUUUCGUCUCCAACCGCGAUGAUACACCUGCUGUGCAAACUCGAGGCAUCGCUCACGCUUUCUUGGAACGUCAUGGAAUCCCCGCAAUGGUGAUCUCGGACGAGCCGCUCUGGGAGAAAGCGGGCGACAUUAUCCCUCUUAACCAGAGCAGCCUUCAUAUGUGUUUGGAGUCCCGAGAUGCAGACACAGGAGAGACCAUGGUUUUGCGUCGUUACCCAAUCGAUUUAAAGACAUUCGAAAGCAUCACUCCAGGCCAGCUCAAUAGGAACUUGGCCUCACUCAUAGAUCUCUAUCCCAAGAAGACGCAAAAAGUGUCUACUGAUAUGCCAAAGCCAACAGCCACAUACUCAUUCGUCAACUCUGAGAAGAACCCUUUCAAAUGGAUUUCACCGCUGUAUGCAGCUCGAUCGCCGCAAAUGGAGGCAAUUCUGCGUCUUGUCACCUUGACGCUUGUCUCUACUGUUGCCCUCUCUCUUGGCUAUGCGGCAGUGAAGACUAUCGCUCUGUUCAUCAUGCAAUGGAUUGCUGGUUCGGCCCUUUCUGCCGGCUCCAAUUCAGCAUCAGUACCAUUCAUUACAUCCACGGCUUUGCCCUUUAAAUAUGUGGAACAUACCUCCAUAGCCACACGCUUUCCAGGCGAUGUAGGCAUGCUUUACGAUCCUGCAAAUUGGGUUGCCUCCGAGCCGUCCGCAGCUCAUGUUAUCACAGUAUCAAGCUCUUCACCACCCAGCGAUAUCUUUGAAAUCCAGGUAGUUGGUGACUGCCAUCUGGUUAUUAAGCCUUCUAGCCAUCUUGCAUCAUCCAGGAAGCAUCCACGAUUCAGUAUCGAUGUUCAUCGCAACGAGAAAGCUCUCCCUCACAAACUGGCUGAGAUAUUCGAUGGUGUCUAUGCUUUGCGAUUGGAGCGAGAAGAUGCCUACGGGUUGGUCAAUGUGACGAUCGUUGCGAAAACCAAGACACGCGUCAAUCAAACCAUUCUUGUUGACUUUGGAACGCCCUGGUUGAAGAUUUCGAACUGGAGAGAAGCAGCUCGGACAGUCUCCUCGAAGAUCACCAAGGAUAUCCAGAUUGCUCAAACCGGACUGUCAGAGGUAUACGGUCGAUUGUCGACGGAUUUACAGGUGAUCAUGGGAGAUGUGGUUAAGAGAUCUCAUUUUCUACGUGACGACGCCGAAUUUCCUCGGCAUAAGAGUUUGCCCUCCCAAGACAGCCUCCUUUCUCACUCCAAAUCACUUUCGGAAGUUAUCACGCAUAACAUUAUCCAGCGGUUCCGAUCCAUGUCCUCAAUCCUACAUGCGCGUUCUGUUCAUGUCAAUCAGGAGGCCAUGGGCCUUCUCGGUAAUGCCUGGGGUCGCCUGGGCAAGUCAGCAUCUCAAGUGGACCUUCGAUCUAUGAUGGACCGAGUACGAAGCGCAAAAGGUGCAACGCUAGGCCGAGCACAGACUCGCGCACGCCACUUCAUGGGACUUUGGGGUAAAGAUACCACUUGCUCCGAAGAGAAUAGUGCGGGACACUGA